UCUCUUUGAUCUUCGCAGUUCUAAAGCGCGAGUGUUUGUUACUUUCAAGUCGCGCGGAUCGACACAGCAUAAAGAACUUUUCCUCUCUCGCGCGGGUCUCGAACGCUCUUCUGAGCGCGGAAAACAGCGACAACAACAAUCAGAAGUACAUUAAUAAAGUUCGCUCAUAACGCGUGAAUAUGCCGCAGCUGAACGGUGGAGGUGGAGAUGAUCUCGGGGCGAAUGAUGAGAUGAUCGCGUUUAAACAUGAAGGAGAUCACGAGGAGAAGAUCCGCGAGAGCGCGUUCACGGAGAGCGACCUGGCCGAUCUGAAAUCAUCUCUGGUCAACGAGUCCGAAAUCAGCCAGAACUCUGCCGUGAUCAGAAGAGGACAGCAAGAAGAUCAGAGAAUCUACACCGAUAAACGAGAACAUCUGGACGACGUGCCCAAACAUCAAGAUGGUGGAAUGUAUAAAGCGUCGUAUUCUGGAUACCCGUUCCUGAUGCUGCCCGAGCCGUAUCUACCGAACGGACCCGUCUCCCCAUCUUCCAACAAAGUGUCGGUGGUCCAGCAGGGGAUGCAUCCUCUGACGCCGCUGCUGCCCUAUGAUCACUUCAACCCCAGUCCUCCACACAUUCCCACAGACGUCAGCCAGAAACCAGGUGUUCACAGGCAUCAGUCGCAGGAAAUCUCCGGUUUCUACCAGCUGCCUCAAGGCCAGAUCACUCCGUCCAUGAACUGGCCCAAUCAGCCUGUCUAUCCUCUGCCCUCCUGCGGCUUCAGACAGUCCUUCUCCUCCGGCCUCCAGAGCAGCUCCUCCUUCCCCAGGUUCUCUCAUUCUCUGAUGCUUCAGCCCGGCAUGCACCCUACAGGCAUCCCACACCCCGCGAUAGUGCCUCCCUCCGGCAAACAGGAGCACGACCAGUUCGACAGGAACAUUUAUGUCAAAUCUCAUCCAGAGGCGAAGCGUGAGAAGGAGCCCAAGAAACCGGUGAUCAAGAAGCCACUGAACGCGUUCAUGCUUUACAUGAAGGAGAUGCGGGCCAAAGUCAUCGCUGAAUGCACGCUGAAGGAGAGCGCCGCCAUCAACCAGAUCCUGGGCCGACGGUGGCACGCUCUGACCCGCGAGGAACAGGCCAAGUACUAUGAACUGGCCCGGAAGGAGCGGCAGCUUCACAUGCAGCUUUAUCCCAGCUGGUCAGCCCGCGACAACUACGGCAAAAAGAAGCGAAGGAAACGAGACAAGCAGGACCCCAGCACAGACCCCGGCUCGCCAAAGAAAUGCCGUGCUCGCUUUGGCCUCAACCAACAAACGGACUGGUGUGGCCCCUGCAGGAGGAAAAAGAAGUGCAUUCGCUACCUUCAAAGAGGACGCUGCGCCAGCCCCCAUUCUUCCGAUGGAAGUGCUAUAGACUCCCCCCCAUCACCUGUCAAUCACCUGCCAAACCCCGCCUCUCCCCCACAAUACCCCGCCUCCCCCACCAGCAGUCCCCUCCCACAGAGCAGCAAACGCUCCGCCCACCCGCCCAGACUCUCGCUCCACUUCAGCAGAAUUAAAACAGAGAGCCACAAUAACCCAGAAUGACGGCUCGAUCGCCGCGGAGACCGAUCUCACGGUCACACCUUCUUCAAGUUCUCUUCGCUUCUGUGUCCUCAGAAAAAAAAAAAAAAAAAAAGUUCACAUGAGGCGUCCUCUCAUCUUUUAGGAAAUCAUAGCAUUAGAUUUCCUCAUGGAUGAAUCUCAUGAAGAAUGUUUUUUUCCCUCUUUUCAUUCAUUUUAAUGACAAGCAUAUUGUUGCUUUCAUUACCAUAAUGCAAAAAAAAGAAAAAAUUUGUUACUGUAGUUAUAUAUAUAUAUAGCAGGGCUCAACAUUAACACUUUCUUAUCACGAUACAGUUAAGCAACAUCACACGAGCAAUAGUGCUGUUUUCCCAAAUAUCAGCACGAUUGCAAAUGUGACACUGAUUUUUAUACAAUUCAAAUAAGAAUUUAAUAUUACAUCGGUUACAUUGUAGUCAGUCCUUUUCUCCAUUUUGCCAACAAAUAUAGUUCCAAACAAAGCCACAGCAGAACCGUUGAGGGUCUCUGAGCCUUGUUGAUCCAUUGAGUGAACGAUUCAAUGACUCACUUAUUUUCUCAUUCUUGAAUGAAUACGCUGUUUGAACGAAUCUAUUGAAUGAAUGACUCAUCAAGAAAGUCACUUACUGACACCUACUGGUAGGAUGGUGUCAUAUUUAAACGUAUCAUUGCAUUUUUACCCAAUGUUUUAUGUUUUAUACAUAAAAAAUACAUUUAAAACAAUCUCAUUACAUUAUUUUGCAGUGUGAAUGCAUUUGUCAUCUCACAGUUUCAUUAAACAGUCUGUGCAUCUCAAUGCUGCUUAAGAUGAUAAAAAAAAUAAGAAAGCACUGACAGAACACUGAUGAGAGUAUUACUUCAGAAUAAACUACAUUUUUACCACAAAAAAUAUAUAUAUAUAAAAAUAAAUAAUUGGACAAGUGAAUAACCGUUUUAUGUGUCUUAAGGACAAGCACGACAAGGUUUAAUGUCGAACCCUGUAUUUUAUUGUAUAUAUGAUUUUCAUUACUGCAUUACAGUAAUGCAAAUGAAGUUCUCACUCUUCUUUAAUGCUCAUUAGAAAGUCACAAGUACAACUCAGUUACUGUAGUGGAAAUGUUUUAUUGUUUUAUUUUGUGGAUUACAGUAAUGUGAAAUUUGGGGGAGAUAAUGCUUAACUGUCAUCAGAAAUCCUAAAUGUCUUCAUUUUCUUUAUGCAAUAUGCAUUUCUUCACUCAUCUUUUGAUUUUGUGGUAAAGCUUGACCUGGAUGUUUCUUCAUGAGAUUCAGCCGCUGUGUGUCAAGAAUUUUCAUCAUGUAAAUGCCGUACCUUUGCGUCACUGAAAACAGUGUCAGUUCUCACAACAACUCUUCUACGAUCAAAUAAGUGUUAAACGUUAUCUUUUAUAGAUUGAAAGUCCGUAAAUAACUAAACUUUUAUAUGAUGUUUUUAUGUAAAGAGAAAAAAAAAUGAAAAAACAUUCCUUGGCUGUUUACUUUUAUUGAUACAAGUGCCAUUUUUAAACGCUUUUGUUGUGUAGAUAUAAAGUAGUCAGCUAUGCCUGUCAUCAUCCAAACACCGCUGUAUGAAAUGAUGUGCAUGUAUCUGUGUGUGUGUGUGUGUGUGUGUGUGUGUGUGUCAUUUGCCAUCUGCGAUCAGGCAGAGGGAGCCAUACAUCUUCAGUGUUCACAUAUAGCAAGCCAUCUUUCUUCCUUUUGCUUUUGAUGUAACAAUAAUCAUUCUCUAGAUUUAUUAAAAUAUUUUGAAAAACCUG